AUGAAUGUUCAAAUUAGUGUUGAAGAACAAUUGAAUGAAACACUUCAAAAGUUCUGGGAUUUGGGGUCCAUUGGUGUCAGACUUGCUGAAAGUUCAAUUUCUACUACUCAUGCAGAAGAUGUGGUCUUGAAGAAGUUUAAAGAGACACUAACAUACAAUGAUGGUCGCUAUGAAGUAUCCUUACCAUGGAAGGAAGAUUGCAUUUCAUUGAAAGAUAAUUACCGGCAAGCGGAAAGUAGGUUGUACAAUCUAGAAAAGAAGCUGCUCCAUGAGCCAGUGAAAGCUGCAUCGUACAGAGAAGCGAUUAACAAGUAUGUUGAGAACGGUGUUGCUGAAGAAGUACCUUGUGAUGAAAUUACACCAACAGAUGGGCGUCCGGUGUUCUAUCUCCCUCAUCAUGCGAUCAUCAGGGAAGACAAGCAGACAACCAAGACAAGAGUUGUGUUUGAUGCAUCAGCGAAAGAUAGCAAUGGUGUCUCUCUGAACAGCUGCUUAGAGCCAGGCCCAGCAUUACAGCCAGAUUUGGUCGGAAUUCUUCUGCGUUUUCGAAAGAAUUAUGUUGGUAUCAUGGGUGACAUAGAGAAGAUGUUCUUGCAGAUUCGGUUAAAAGAAGAAGACAGAGAUUCACACCGGUAUCUGUGGAGAGAUUUGGACCCCAAGGCCACGCCUAAGAUUUACAGAAUGACAAGGGUCACAUUUGGAGUUGUUUCCAGUCCGUUUCUUGCCAUUGGCACUAUUCAAGAGCAUGUGAAAAGGUGUAAAGAAACAUUCCCUGUUGCAUCAAAUGAAAUCUUGAGGAACACUUAUGUUGAUGACUUUGCUUCAGGGAGAGACAAUGUGCAGGAAACGCUGAAAUUACAGCGAAGUGCUACUGAGCUUAUGCAGAAAGCUGCCUUUAAUUUGACAAAAUGGUCAAGCAAUUCAUCUGAGCUUAUGGAGGCCAUACCAGAGAGGGACAGAGCAGCAGUUAGUCUUGUCAGCCUGGAAAGUGAUCUAGCAGAAGCACAUCCAAUCACAAAAGCAUUAGGAUUAAAGUGGAAUACACUUACUGACAACCUUGUCUUUACAAUUGAUGUGGACAUUGUUAAGUCGAGAUCAAAGACAGUGUACACUAAAAGAAAGGUGGCGUCUUUAGCAGCAAAGAUAUUUGAUCCGAUUGGUCUAAUCGCACCCUUUUCAGUGAGGUCAAAAUUAAUUCUUCAAAGCUUGUGGACCAAGGGUGUUGGAUGGGAUGAGGAAAUUCCCAUGGAAGUCUCAUCGAAAUGGAAUCAGUGGGUUCAAGAGAUUUCUGAACUUGGACACCUUCAAAUUUCUAGAUGUUACACUGAUUUGCCAUUAGGUCAGAACCCCAAAGUAGAGCUACACGCAUUUGGUGAUGCGUCAGAAGUUGCUUAUGCCUCUGCAGUUUAUCUGAGAGUUGUUUGUGAAGAUGGAAGGGUAUCUACCAGUCUUGUGAUGUCCAAGACCCGAGUGGCUCCUGUAAGGAAGAUUACCCUACCGCGCUUAGAGUUGAUGGCUGCUGUAAUUACUGCUAGACUUUGCACCUAUGUCAAAGGUGCAAUAGAUUGUCCCAUUAGCCGCAUUGUUUGUUGGACAGACAAUUCUUCAACGUUACACUGGAUUAGAGGAGCAGCCUCACAGUGGAAACCAUUUGUUGCUAAUCGUGUUAUUGAAAUUCAGUCGUUGCUGGAUCCCAGUGUUUGGAGGUAUUGUCCAGGACCGCAGAACCCAGCUGAUCUACCUACCCGAGGUUUAUCUGCAAGUCAGUUACGAGAGAGUCAUUUGUGGUGGAAAGGACCCUCUUGGUUGCAAGAGUCCGAAAAAGAUUGGCCCGAGGAUUUAAGGUCAAAACCCUCCAGUGAAAUUGUUAACCCAGAGAGGAAGAGUAAAGCUAGUGUCAGUUGUGUUGUGCAACCCAAAGAGCCGUUUAUUGACUUCACAAGAUUCAGCAAGUAUAGUCGCUUGCUAAGAACUGUUGCUUGGAUCAGAAGAUUCGUUAGCAACUCAAGAGUGAAAGAAGAGGAAAGAAUUGACAGCCCUUUAACUGGUUUAGAGAUACAAAAUGCAGAAGAAUGGUUGAUAUCUCAUGUACAAGAAGCAGGUUUUCCUGAAGAAAUUGCGUCAUCCGUGAACUACAUGCUGGAGUUGAACACACUUUGUCACUUUUGCGACAGAGAUUUUGGGUGA